AUGAGACUCGCAUAUCAGGUUCGACUUUAUGCGUCGUCACCAACGGCGAAAACUACAAAAGUUCCGAAGAAACUAUUUGGACGUCCCUCCAAUAACCUAACUAGUGGUAUCGUUGGUUUAGCAAACGUUGGUAAAUCUACAUUCUUCCAAGCAAUUACAAAGUCAACUUUGGGAAAUCCGGCAAAUUAUCCAUUUGCUACUAUCGAACCUGAAGAAGCACGGGUUUUGGUUCCUAGUGCUGAAUUAGAUAAUUUGGCCAAGUUAUAUGGAUCGAAAAAGAAGAUCCCGGCAAUUCUGAAAAUUUUUGACAUUGCAGGGUUAGUACGUGGCGCAUCUGACAACAAAGGUUUAGGUAAUGCAUUUUUGAACGACAUUCGUUCAGUCGAUGGAAUAUUCCAAGUUGUCCGUGCUUUCAAGGAUACAGAGAUCACGCACAUUGAAGGUGGUGUUGAUCCAGUGAGAGAUUUAACAAUCGUUCAGGAUGAGUUAAUCUUAAAGGAUAUGGAAUUCAUUGAAAAUUCAAUUGAAAAACUAGAGGUUCAGUUAAAACACAAAGGCAAUAAGCAGAUUCAUGAAUUAUCAUCAAUGGAAAACCAACUAGAAGCUUUGAAUAUUUCUUAUGAGCUAUUGAUGGAAGGUCAGAAAAUUAUAAAUAAGAAAGACUGGAAGGAUGACCAUAUUGAUGCUUUAAAUAUGCAUAAUCUAUUGACUGCAAAGCCAAGUGUUAUAUUGGUAAACGUUAGUGAGAGUGACUAUUUGAGUCAAUCAAACGAGUACCUUGAUGAUAUUAAAAACUGGGUCAAUGAAUUUUCCCCAGAUUCGUCAAUAAUUCUUUUCUCUGCAGAUUACGAAACAAACUUAAGUAAUUUGGAUGAUAGUAAAUCCUAUGAGUCCAGCUCAGCUUUACCGCUGAUCAUUCAAGAAAUGAGAAAGGCCCUAAACUUAAUUAGUUUUUAUACCUGUGGUGAUAUAGAAGCUCGUCAGUGGACAAUUAGGCAGAAUACCUCAUGUCCAAAGGCAGCAGGUGUGAUUCAUACCGAUUUUGAAAAGACUUUCAUUAAUGCAGAACUAAUAAAGUAUGAAGAUGUUAAAAAUUUGGCUCCUCCGUUUGACGAAAAGACGCUAAAGACAAAGGGAAAAAUCCAGCGUGUUGGUAAGACUUAUAUUGUUGAAGAUGGAGAUAUCCUGCAUUUUAAGGCUGCUGCUGCUAAAAAGAAGUGA